GUGGGCGCCGCUGCCUUUACUGCUGCUGCUGCUGCUGCUUGCUGCUGCUGCUGGUGGUGUGGGUGCAAUGGAUGGCCCAAGGUGCAAUGGGUUUCGCAAGAAGAGGAGAUCGAAAUCCCAAAGGGAUAGAGAGAUGAGGUCCAAAGGAGGAUUAGGGGUUUCCAGAACCGGUUCUUUGCUUUCCUCUUCUGGAUCUGAGAAGGAAGACAAUGGGAACCCGACAGUCUCCUUGUCCAGACCAAAGCCCCCCAGGAGAAAGAGGAAAGAGUCCUCUUCGGCUGAAGAAGACAUCAUUGAUGGAUUUUCAAUGACCAGCUUUGUGACUUUUGAGGCAUUGGAGAAGGAAGGGAUCUUGAUAUCAGAAGAUAACACUGUUAGUCACCAGUCGUCACCUCUUACCAAAAAGAAAAGAGAUAUACUCACUAAUGGACUUUCUUACACAUCACGAAAGAACAACAAAUGCAGCCACAACUAUGAUUCAGACAGAGAAAAUGACCGAAAUCUUUGCCAACAAUUUGGAAAGAAGAGGUUCCAGAAAAAACACAAGCAGCUCAAACCAGGACAGAACAACUGCCGAAACAGUGAUGGUGAAAACCAUAAUGGAGAAUCAAAACCUUUACAGCAAAAUAUUUCCCAUGAAAGACUGAGUGACAGUUCAGCUCAUUCCAGCUUGGGAACAGGCUACUUUUGUGACAGCGACAGUGACCAAGAAGAAAAGGUUUCGGAUGCCGGUUCAGAGAAACUAUUUAGCACCCUCCCAAAUAAUGAUACAGAACGGGUUGUCAGUUUACUGACCACAAACGACAACAAAGAUGCUUCAGGUUACGUUGUUCCCAAAGUGUCAGGACUAGAAAGAAGUCAAGAGAAGAGCCAAGACUGCAACAACGAGCUGCAGUUUGAACCUGCAGUACCUAAGGAACUUUCCCCACCAUCUGUACCUAUCAUUCAGCCACAGCUGGAACCACAGUUGCUACUCUCUUCUCCUGAACCCAUUUUGGUUUCUUGCACAGAGAGCCCAAUAUUGACACAGCCAGAGCUUCCUCAGCUUCCACGUACUCCUCUUGAGCAAGACCCUCCCAUAUCUUCUCAAACUCAAGUACAGCUGCCACCAAAAGUUCAGCCUCAUUCACAGUCACAGGUUCUACCAAGUCCUCCACCAGUGCAAACACGACCUUCCUCACAGACUUUAACCCAACCUUUGUGCAACUACAACAGCAGCAGUUUAAGUCUGAAUAGCUUAAGCAGCAGCAGAAGCAGCACACCUGCUAAAAGUCAGGCUGCACCAUCCCAUUUGACUCAUCGUUCUUCAGCUUCACCAUACCCAUUGUCUUUACCAAGCCACAGUCCCUUGCAUAGCUUUACACCCACCCUCCAACCGUCUGCCCAUCAGCACCACCCCAAUAUGUUUGCCCCACCUGCUGCUCUACCUCCUCCACCUCCACUGACUUCAGGAGCCCUUCAAGUUCCAGGACAUCCAACAAACAGCUCCUACUCAGAGCAAGAUCUUCUCAGACAGGAACUUAACACACGCUUCUUGGCUUCUCAGAGUGCAGAUCGUGGGGCAUCGCUAGGCCCACCGCCAUACUUGAGAACAGAGUUUCACCAGCACCAGCAUCAGCACCAGCACACACAUCAGCACACCCACCAGCACACCUUUACGCCUUUCCCCCACGCCAUCCCGCCGACUGCCAUUAUGCCAACUCCAGCACCGCCCAUGGUGCGUACCCCAGGCAGAAAUUUUGACAAAUACCCUACAAAAGUUGACCCCUUCUACCGUCACAGUUUGUUUCAUUCCUAUCCUCCAGCCGUGUCUGGCAUUCCUCCUAUGAUCCCUCCGACUGGGCCUUUUGGUUCCCUACAAGGAGCAUUUCAGCCUAAGACUUCAAAUUCUAUUGAUGUUGCAGCUAGACCUGGGACAGUCCCACACACUCUCCUGCAGAAGGACCCCAGGUUGACAGAUCCUUUCAGGCCUAUGUUGAGGAAACCUGGAAAAUGGUGUGCUAUGCAUGUCCAUAUCGCCUGGCAAAUUUACCACCAUCAACAAAAAGUCAAGAAACAGAUGCAGACAGAUCCACACAAACUGGACUUUGGCUUGAAGCCUGAGUUUCUGAGCAGGCCACCCGGCCCUAGCCUCUUUGGAUCCAUUCAUCACCAUCCACAUCCCCACGAUUUGGCACGUCCUUCAACACUUUUCUCUGCUGCUGGUGGAGCACAUCCUGCUGCUGCACCUUUUGGUCCUCCGCCUCAUCACAGCAAUUUCCUUAAUCCUUCUGCACACCUUGAGCCUUUUAACCGACCAUCAACAUUCAGCGGUCUUGGUUCAGUUGGUGGAAAUGCUUUUGGGGGAUUGGGAAACCCUUCAGUCAAAACAACCAGAUCCUUGAACCUCUCCCUCAUUAUGGCUUCCAACUCAAUGUUUAGCCACAAAGAUGGGCCGAACAUGCAGAACUUCAGCAAUCCUCACGAGCCAUGGAAUCGACUUCAUCGAACACCGCCUUCAUUCCCCACCCCUCCUCCAUGGCUGAAACCUGGUGAUCCUGAACGCAGUUCCUCAGCAACAGCUCACGAGCGAGAAUUAGACAAGAGAGAAUCAUCAGCUAAAGAUGAUAAGGAAAGGUGUGUAAGAGAAAGUAUUGAGAAACGGCACUCAAGUCACUCCUCACCAGCAUCUGUAAACCAAGUAAAUUCUUUGGGUCAUAGCCGUAGUAUAUCUGAGCAAAACAGAAGUCACUUAAAUAAUGAAGUACGGGAAAAGGAAAAGCCAAAAGAACGUGAGAGGGAUCAUUCAGAUUCAUGGAAAGAGGCAAAUGUGGAAGAGCUUAAAACAAAAGACAAUCAUAUUUCAGAAAAAGAAAAUCUUGUUCAUGAAAGCCGUGCUGUUGAGGAAGCUAAACAGUUAUCACGGGUGCCUUCACCCUAUGUUAGACCUCCUGUAAUGGAAAGCACUAGGCCUAGCAGUACCUCUAAUAGAGACAUUGACAGAAAGAGUGAAACAUUUGAUACCCAAAAGAAAAGCAAUGAUGUGAAAGUAAAAGAAGAACGAAAAGAAGAUCAUGAUGUAAUUGUGGCCGAAACACCUCCAAUCCACAGGUCUUCUGAACAGCCUCCACCAAUAUCUACAGCAAACGUCCAUCCAGGUCACUUAGCAUCAAUGCCCAUGGCAGUAGGUGUAACUGGGAUGCAUCCAAUGAACAGCAUUGGUGGGCUAGACAGGACUCGCAUGAUGACACCUUUUAUGGGAAUAAGCCCCAUCCCAGGUGGUGAACGUUUCCCUUACCCUUCAUUUCACUGGGACCCAAUGCGGGAUCCUCUAAGAGACCCUUAUCGAGGAUUAGACAUUCAUAGAAGGGAUCCACUUACAAGAGAUUUCUUGUUACGCAAUGAUCCACUUCACCGUCUUGCUGCUCCAAGAUUAUAUGAACCUGACAGAUCUUUUAGGGACAGAGAGCCUCAUGAUUACAACCAUCACCAUCAUCAUCUUUCAGUUGACCCACGUAGGGAGCAUGAAAGAGCUAGUCAGUUGGAAGAGAGAGAAAGACUGCACAUGCUUCGGGAGGACUAUGAGCAUGCCCGCCUACAUGCAGUUCAUCAAGGUGCUUUGGAUGGUCACCUGCCUCAUCCAAGUUUAAUUACUCCUGGACUUCCCAGCAUGCACUAUCCCAGGGUCAGUCCUACUGCAGCACAUCAAAACGGACUCCUUAACAAGACUCCGCCAACUGCUGCACUAAGUGCCCCCCCUCCACUUAUUUCUACAUUGGGAGGGCGAUCAGGUUCACCCAGAAGGACUACCCCAUUGUCCACAGAGAUAAGAGACAGACCUCCUUCCCACACGCUGAAAGAUAUUGAAGCACGAUAAUUUUAAAAAAUUAAGAACUUGUGUAUAACAGGACACAAAGUCUGAUUUAAAUACAAAUCAGCACAAGACUUAACAUAUAAUCUUUGUACAAAUGUAAAGUCUCUUAAGAGCAAUGAUUUUCACUUUUUGUAUAAUAUAUGUUACAGAUUUCCAGAUCUUUUAGCCAAUUCAAAUGUUUGUGUCUGAAAUCGUUUUAUUUUACUAAUGUAAAGCAUUUGGUUGGAACAAGAAGAAAUAAUUCACCAUAACUGUUUGGACUGAAUCGGACCUAUGAUGUCAGAAGGCGAUGUAAAUAUGUAUGUGUACAAAAAAUACAUUUGCUUCAUUGAGUAAUGGUUCAUAUAUGCAAAAGGGUAGGAUGAAAGCUUUACUGUGUACAAAUGUAAAUAGAUACAAUGAAAUUACAUAAUACAAUAAUUCUUCUUCAACUGUGCAGUUUGAAAACUUACUAUUUAAGAACACAGUCUGCUUAUGCUGUGUUUUGUAUAUUCUUAGACAACUAAACCCCUCAACUAUGCAAUUAACAUGGAGGCUUUCCACUAAAGCCUUUAUGACACUAAGGAGCUUUUCCAACACUUACACAAUUAUUAAAGUCAUAUUUUCCCUAUGAGAAUCAAGAAUGUUACGACACAUUUUUCUUUCUAUUUUAUUUUAUCUUCUCUCAUUAAGUUUGGGUUCAGUCCCCAUAUUUAAGAAUUUAACUAAAAGGUUGUUGUAACUCUUAUCAUUCUACCUUUAUAGGUAACUCCCAAACUGAGCUGUACCUUCUAAAUAUACAUCCUCCAAUAUACUAUCAGCUGACUGGACAUAUGCAAUAUGGAUGACGGACCAGGUUUGGGAUGAUUUCUAUAACAAUGUGACAAAUGGGUUUGUCAUGUGGCAUCUCCCUAACUUGGCCAGUUCAUGAAAACACUGUAGUCAUCUAGCAGAACAGUUAAUCAAUCAGGUUAACUACACUUCAUAUCAAGAUCUAUCGUUUCCUAGUUAUACUUUUUUAUUUGAUUUUUUUUAGUCUGUGUUGCGCUCAUUUCCAGAGUUCAUUGAUUUGGCUUGGUAAGUGUUUGCAUUUUUUUGAUCAGAGAGGAUAUGACUUUAUCAGAAAAAAAAUACUACCAUACACAUUUGGUUUACUGGGUUGUAAAAUACAUGUAUUUAAUAAAAAUUGUUCCUUGGUCUUCUAGUGUAUUAAAGUGAUAUCUUAAGUUGUUACCCUGUUUUGGCAAAAAGAGAAAAAAAACAAUGACUAAAACACCCCAACAAUUGUUUCUAAUAAGCAGAGAUCUAUUUUAGUAGUCAACUGAAGGUUUAGUUGUGAGCUUCAGAUUUUGUGAACUCCAGAUGUUGUGCAGUGUUUUUUUAAGGAACAAACUCUCCCAAAAGAAUAUGUACACUGGAAAAGUAGUGGUAGCUUUCAGUAUUGUAAAGAGAUUGUUAUAUACAAACCUUUUUGCUGUUUAUCCUGUAUGUAAAAAAAAAUCCUUUCUAGAUCAUAUGUAAAGAGGAAAAAAGGAAAUUCAAAAGGAAAAAAAAUCUUAAAAGUGAAGCGACUCAAUCUUCAGCAUGUUCCUCAUCAGCGAAGACUUGUGUUAUGUAAAUUGUGCCAUGUUAUUAAAAAAUGUGAACUAAA